AUGAAUCCGCUAUCAGAUUUUGAUAAAUUUCUUCGUGAACUUGAUGAGCCAAAUGUUGUUGGUUGGAAAUUAUUUAGUGAAGGACAUGGUGUGAAAGUUUAUCGACGACAAAAAGAGGGAAGUAAACUUUAUGAAUAUAAGUGUUAUGCAGAGAUUCCAGAUAUAUCACCAGAUCUAUUUUACAAGGUUUUUCUUGAUUUGGAAUAUCGAGCAGUAUGGGACAAGUAUUUAAAAGAAGCUUAUCCAGUAAGAGAUGGAGUUCGAGAUGGAAUUUAUUGGCAAGUGGUAUUUCCACUUCUUUUGGAUAAUCAAAAUCGGGAAUUUACUCAUGAUGAUCGACGGAUAUAUUUUAUUAUGACUCAUAGUGAACCGUUUACAACAGAACCACCACGUAAGAAAGUCGUUCGUAUUGAUGUGACACAAUCUCAACUGCUCACCUGUUCCGAUGGCGGUCAUGGUCUAAAAGCAUUUUUUUGGUAUUUUGAAGAUCCAAAAGGUAAUAUUCCAAAACCAUUUUGGAAUUGGGCAGCAAAGCUUGGAAUACCAAUAUACUUAAAAACAAUGUUGAAAGCUUGUUACAGCUAUCCUGAAUGGUUAAAAGACAAAAAGAAAUCGUUUGCUUUUGCUGAUGAUGGUGAACAUGAAGCAUCAUUUGCUGUAUUAAACAACUUGAAUGAUAAGGACGAUGACUUUGAGAUGAUUGAUAAUACACAACCGACAGCAGCAACAACAACAACAACAACAACAACAACAACAAAGAAAAAUGUUCGAGAACAAAAAGUCUCAGAAAAAUCUCUUGACUCAACUACUCUAUUAGAUAAUUCAAAAUUAAAAACAAAUUCUGAUACACUAGUAUCAGAUAAUGCAUCUCGAAUGUAA